AUGUUGCCCUCCCUACCUGUGCAGGAGAAGCAACGCAUUGAGUCGGUCGGGGGAGCCGUGAAGCCCAAGUCAGGCGUGCACCGCGUCGUGUGGCAGCGGCCGAAGCAGAACCACCGCGGUCCCAUCCGCCGCAGCACCGAGCUCGAUCACAUUCCUUUCCUCGCCGUCGCACGCUCCCUCGGCGAUCUGUGGAGCUACGACUACGCGCGCGGGGAAUUUGCCGUCUCGCCGGAGCCGGACACGCACGUGCUGGCGAUCGAGCACUCUCGCCACCGCUGCCUGAUCCUUGCGUCCGACGGCCUGUGGAACAUGCUGAGCCCGCUGUCAGCGGCUGCCGUCGUCGAGCAGGCUGAACGCAUGGAGGAGGAGCAGUACUGGCAGAAGUCCAACGGUAGCAAGGCUUCCUUCCCGAACAUUAACCCGUCCUGCAUGCUCGUGGACAAGACAAUGGGGCGCUGGCGCAAGCGCAACUUGCGCGCAGACAACACGAGCGUCGUCACGGUGAUGCUGGAUCCGCAGGGACCGUCGCGCUCCACCGUCCUGCAGCGACACCUCAACCUGCUGCGUCUGAGGAAGAGGAACGGAUCGCUCAGUACGAGUCACCUCGUUCUCACGGACCCUUCCUCCACACCGAAGCCAAAGACUCCCCCGCAGCUGCCGCAACCCAACACACUGUGGCACUCCGCGCCGCGCAUGGGCACUUCCAGUCUACUAGGUGCACAUAAGAAAUUUGCCGAUAGCGAACACUCCGCAUUUUCGCGGAAUCCCUUCUCAGCGACCGUCCUACCACCACGUGGCAGCACCGUCGAUGCUAGCGAGCAGAGUGCGUCGUUGCGGUCGAGCAGUGAAGGUGACCUCCUGCCCCCCAUGCCGCCAUGCGUCAAUCCCAACGGGCCAAUCACCGGCGCCACCUGUGAGCAGCCGCCAAUUCCCGUUGCCGUGGCGACAACGCGGCAGACGACCGUGGACGUCGAGGCUCCAGGCGACCGCACGGACUCGCCGCCGCAGCCAGCAGCGUUCUGUGUCUCAGCGAGCGGUGGCGGCCCCACACGCGACGCAACGCUCGUUGCCGAAGUCAUCACGGUGGACGCGUCGCCGGCACCAGGGGGCGCCGGCAGUCCCGUCCGCCCGACGGCCGUCAACAAAGUUAUCCUUCCUGCAAAGUACAAGCAGCGGCUGGAGGCGAGGGCUGCAAGCGAAGCCAGGUUGUCGUCCGGGUGCGGGACACCACAAGGUGGCGCCGCCGUCGUCGCGAAGCCGCUCACUGACCAGGACUGGACGUGGAACAUCGACUUUGACUGCGGGGAGAUCGUUGAAAUUGAGCGCGAAGAGGAGGAGAAGGCGACGACGACGACGUUAGAGGAAGCACGGGACGUCGUCGCUGCGUCGCCUCGCCUCAGCGCCCCCUGUCAGGGACGCGGCGUCGCACCGACGAUGCCCGGGAGGGUGGGGGCGCCGGCGCGGCGGCUGGCGCGCUCGCGGACGCUGGGCUGUGCGGUGGAGGCGCGGCAGACAGCCGGGGCGACGCACACGCGCCGCAUGGUGCUGCGCCAGAAGAGUGUUGCCGGCGUGAACAGCGUCAUGAGCCGCGUGAGUGACUACGUGAUGCGGCGUGACGCUCCCCCUGCUGGCUGCGAGCCGGUGCGCGUGUUUGCCGCGCACAACUCGGAGGACAAGCGGCCGGCGCUGUCCGCUGGCUGCAGCACUGCGGCGCGGAAGGCCUGCAAGCGUAAGCUGUCGCACGCGUCGCAGGAGGCUGUGCCAGCGAAGCAUCGCGUCACGCGCUCACUCAUCGCCAAGACAACCGGCUGCAACGACGCAGGCAGCGGCGGCCGUAAGCUCACCAAGAAACCCAGUCUGCUGCAGCUGGGACGGCAGAAGCUGCUGCGACUGACGACUCGCUCCAAGUACAACCUGCACUGAGAGCGGUGCGCGUCACGUGUCACGCAGGUUUCCCCCGCGCCGCCGCUGUCACCGAUUCUUCAGGCGGCUUUGGUAUGUAAAGCGAUACGGUAACACGAAAAACGUCAAACACAAGAACAGAGGGCGCUGCUUCAGUACUGCGAUGCGACGGGCGUGGACAAGCAGAGCACUUCUACUCAAAUUUACAGAUUUUUAACAUGUUAGGGGAGGGAGAGGCCGUCAUACCGGCGCACAGGAUCCUGGGUGUGUGUGGUCUUGUAAUUUUGCGAGCAAGUGGGAAAUUUUUGAGUUAUAUUUACAGCAUAGCAUAAAAUGUGUGUGAUGUGCAUAGUAGAGUCUUGUUGGCAAUUCAUGAAUAUAUUUUCAUGUUAAAGAAGUAGGACGUGUUAUUAUAUAUUGAAUCUUAGGGAAAAUAGACCUAUAUCCCACCGCAGCGUCAUAGGCAAUUUUCCGACGCGAUAUUGUGAUUAAAAGAUGAGUGCAACUCGAGCGUCCUAAAGGUGUCUUAAAUAUCCUGGUUUUAUCAAUUCAAAUGUACAGUCAGUUACACGUGAUUUUGAUGUUAUGCGUCAUGUUAUUGUCGACAGACUUUAAUUUUUAUAUUGAAACUAGCAGAUAUUUUGGGAAGUACAAUUUUUAGGAAUUUUACCUGAGAUUAGCAUGUACUUGGACAGCUGUAAAUUGCAUUGUACGGUAAAUUUUUUAAUUAUUUUCUGCCACGUGUUGAUUACCAAUGUCCUGUGUAUUAUAUAGGGUUUUUUGGUUUUUAGUCCUAAUAAUUUGUCAGCAGCUCUAUAAAGUCUUUCUCUGUCGUGUUCGAUCUCGGCGGACCUUAUGUGGGCACGUCACCUGUCUUCCUAUAUGUAUUGUGCAUGUUUUUUAUGAUAGCCUGAGGCUUGUGUGUAUGUGUGUGUGUGUGUGCGUGACUGUUUUGAUUGUGCCUAGGGCCCUAGGCUAUAUGUUAAUGAUUUUCCUGCAACUAGGUUACUGCUAAAAACGUAUGUAUGUGAGUCUAGUGUUGAGCGUGAUGGAAAAUAGGAAGGGUGCAGAUGAAAUAUUGAUGAAUGAUGAAUAUAUGAAUAUAUGUCAAAUAUAAAACAAAAUAUAGAUAUAUGUCAAAUAUGAAUGAAUGAUUGCAGAUGAGCAAGUGUGAAUGUAGCUGUGCCCGUGCGUCACGUGUGGCAGCCUCCCUCAGAACAGGGUUACAGGGGUUAUAGAAAAGGGUUAAGUUGCACACCUUGCAAUUACCAAGUCGACCACGUGAGUAUAAUAAUUAUAUGUACUGUCUGUAAUAAGUGCAAAUAAUCCGUCACAUUGUACUGUAAAAUGAGGACUAUUUUUGUCAAAUAUUAUCAACUCAUUUCUGGACCAUUUUCACUUUAGUAAUUCGUGCAUGUAGUUGCAACAUUAGAAUUUAAUAAUAUACAAUGUAUAAUCACUGA